AAGUGAUGUAAUGGGAAAUUCUCCACAGACGAGAGGCCAUUUCUACAAGAUGAAACAUGCGAUUGAAAGCGUUCUAAUAAUUGUGAUAGUUUUUAUGCAGUUAUCAGAGGCCAAGUUUUUGAACCAUUGCUUUGAACCACCUUCAGUGUGCUACUACCUGCUGUUGACUCCUGUUGUCAUACCUGUGUCCAUUUUCUUGCUCAGUUGCAACUGGAUGGGGCUGAAGUUUUUCAGGCAUAAUUAAAUGGGUGUGGUGAGCACCCGAAGAAUAAGGUUGCUUGAUCAACAGAAAUUGAGAAGCUGGGCCAGUUGUGAGACUGCUCUUGAACAACGCCCAAAGUUGUUCCUGUUAUUGACUUUGCUGUGAUUUAUGAAUCUCUGCAGGAUCAUCAAAAUGGCAAAAAUUGCAGAAAAACUAAGGAAUGCCUGAACUGUAAUCUAGUAAGAAAAACUGAAAUUUUUGUUAAGAAAUUAGUUUGUGAUUUAGAAUCCAAGUAUAGUUUGAAAGGUUAUUAUGAGGACAGGGAUUUGCUCCCUGGCCAUAACAUCUUUACUGCAUUAUCUAAACUUAGCAAAAAUACAAAAUGGAUUAUCAUAGUAAUAAGUCCUGUUUUUGGUUCAUGGAAAAAAUACUGUGGGCAGGUCCUACUGAAGGAACAUUUAGAAAAUGACACCCUGAUUCCCUUGGCUAUUUUGGGAGCUGAUGUAAAGGCUGAGGGACUCCCAGAACAGAUUUCAACAGUGCAUGCUGUUCAUCAGAUAUUUGGAGACAACCCAGUUGUUCAAGAGGAGGAUCUCAAGAUAAUAGCAAACAGGAUGGCUCAAAGUCCUGCUGGAAAAAUGAUGGAUCCUUUCCCAGCUAUGGAUGCUGAUCAAAUUAUGGCUGAAGAAAUCCACUUGAAUAAGAAAACACUAUCAUUAGCUGACUACAAAGGACUGUUGAAUGAUGUAGCUUUGCAAUUGGGAGAAAAGGAUCUAGAAGGACUCAAAUUUCUCAUGACAGACUUCAUUAGUGCUGGUGUCCUCCAGGACGUCGUAGAACCUAGAAAGCUUUUUGAGGAAAUGGAAAAAAGAGAUUUGCUUGAAUGCCAUCAUGUCAUACUGCUGGUGCUAUGCUUAGAGCAGGUUGAGAGAAAGGAUCUUGUAAAGAAAAUAAAAGACUUUUACAGAAAUCAUGGAAUUCAACUGCAAAGCAAAGACUACAAAAUGUUUAGCAAACAUAUAUUUACUUUGUUCUCUGUUUCUAAAAUGCUGACUUCUGGUGAUUUGAAUAAAAUGAAAUUCCUUCUUUUAGAUGAAAUCAAGGAGCGAGAAAACGAGAACAUUGAUUCACCUCUUCAGUUGUUCACCGCUAUGUUAAAAAAAGAUAUCAUUUCUGAAACUGAUGAUAGCAGGCUGCAGCAAUUGAUGAAAAAUAUUGACAGAUAUGAUAUUAACUCCAAAAUGAAUAAAGAGUUCUCUGAAGAUUAUAUGAGACUGAUCACCAGUUCAGGUCUGGAGCAUAUAAUGGCCAAAUUGUCCAUUAGUCCAAAAGUAGAUGAUGUUGACACACAUCGUGAAUGCACUCCCUUGGUUCCUGUUAAAUUGGAAAGGGGUGAUGGACAACCUCAUAUGCUGUUAGUUAGCCACACACAAGCACACCCCUCUGACAGCGCCUGUCGUGAAGAUGAGAAUAGCCUUAGGUACCCAGUGCAAGCACAGGUUUCUGUGCCCAGCUCACCUGUAGCAGAAGACAGUUGGAAUAGUGGGACAGUGCUUGAGUACAUGAGUGUUGAAAAGAUGAAGGAAUACUGCAGCGAAAAUUCUCUUGGGAGUGGUGGCUUUGGGGAAGUCUUUAAAGGUUCCAAAAAAUACAGAGACAAAGAAGUUGCCAUUAAAGUUUGUAAGAAAGCCAAAAAGGAACAUGAGCUCCAGUAUGUGAAGGAAAAGAUUGUUGGUCAUAUAAGACAUCCCUUUCUGUUGCCAUUAUAUGCAGUUGCAGCUACACAGAAGGAAAUCUAUUUGAUGUAUCCAUAUAUGGAGAAGAGAGACUUGGAUUAUUUACUGAAAAAUACAAGUCCUGUACCAGGCUGGCGUGACAGGUGCCGCAUUAUAUACCAAGUCUGUGCAGGCCUACAAUAUCUUCACACACCAGUUAAGAGUGGGGGUGUUAAAAUUAGAAACUCUAUUCUCCACAUGGAUAUCAAACCCAGCAACAUUUUGUUGGAUCAGAAAUUGAAUGCCCGCAUUGGAGACCAUGGAUUGGCUACAGAGAUGAAGUCUAAACAGAGCAAGGUUACUGCUAUUGGCCAUGGUGCUGUUAGUUAUCAGGAUCCAGACUUUUUCUACUCCUAUAAGAACAAGUACCGCAAGGAAUAUGAUGUUUUCAGUGUUGGAGUUGUUAUGCUGAGGUUGAUGCAAGCAGAACAAGAUGAAGAUGAAGAUGAGGAGGACAACAAAAGUUACAUUUGGGAGAAGUUCAGGAAUGAAGAUGGAACUUGUUGUGAAGUGAAAAAGGUUACUGACAAGGCACAGAAAGAUUUACCUAGAAUCUGGCCUGUUCAACCAGAGGAGAUGUUCAAAUGUACAUAUAAAUUUGCUGAGUUGGCCCUGAAGUGCAUAAAGAAACCAAUUGCCGACAGAAUAAGUCUGGAUGAUCUCCAGGAUAGCAUUAAAGAGGGAAUCCUAAAUGAGACAAAGAUACCCACCUUUAUUGAAGGAUCUUUGUGCUGCAAAUGCAAUUUGAACUUGCCUGCUCUGGAUUUGCAUCCAAGAAUUGGUUGCACUGGACCAGGAAAAGAAGAAAAAUGCAGGCUGUUUUGUCAAGGUUGCCUUAUGGAUCACUAUCGCAAUCCUCUAUACUGCCCAACCCAUGGCCUUUCACAGCCACCAAUUGGUCAUGAUAGCAGUUAUGCCAUACUGGUUGGUGGGCUUGACGAAGACAAUCCUGACAUCUUUCAAAGAGAUGUCUUAGAAUUCAAAAAAGUUGUCAUCAAUCCCAACAUUAUGGGUUUCAGGGAGAACCAAGUGUAUACAGUUUUGUGUGACAAAGACAGUAAAGAGGUAAAGCAGGAAAUAGAAGAACAUCUAAAUACAAUAAAGGAUAAAACGUCAGGGCUUCCAGAAGUCACAUUUGUAUUCUAUUAUUCAGGACAUGGCACUCAAAGUGGUUUACAACCGCUACCAGGAAAUAAGGCUUUUGAUAUUACUAAGAGUGAACUUCAGACUAUGCUAGGGGGCGUGUCUGCUUCAGAGAAACUGGUUAUAUUGGAUUGCUGUUUUGCAGCUUCUAAUAGGCAUAUUGAAAAGGGAACAAUGGGUUCUGCUCAGACCAUAACAGACGUCAGCCAAAGUGAUAGUCUAGAGGCAGACGGCAAAGUGGUUAAUAAAAUGAGUGUCAUCGAUAUGGGACUCCCAGAUGUGCAGUCAAGUCCAGAGAGCUGUCAUAUUGGUCCUAUAAAUGUUGCUGGAGAAACACUUUAUAGGAGAGCUAAAGCCACUAUAGAGUCGCCACUGGAAGCCAAGAAUUUAGAAACUGAUUCAGAUAGUGCAUCCCCUAGUAAUGGUGCAGCCAUCAAUCCUCAUCAUAGAUAUAUUGUAAAAGGCGAACCUUCUGAUUCUGACAACCGUUGUUCUUACCAAUGGUGGUCCUGUGCAGAGCAUCAGACAUCUCGUGCAAGCUGUGAUGGACUAAGUAUCUUCACAAAACACAUGGUGAAUGGACUGAAAAGUGGUCAAGAAUGUGGCCUUCCGGAUAGUAAUAACACAUGUAGCUUGUGUGAAAAAAUGCAAAGAGAAGCAUCAGUAAUAGGAUACAUCUCUUUUACAAUCCUACAUAGUUACGUAUAUGAGCAUGUCAAAAAGGAAUUAAAUAAUUGUAUCCAACAACCAGAAAUAUUUUCCACUUGGAGACGCCCAAUGAAAAUUGCUUAUUACAACAAGGAGGACUUGAACCAGAAGGCAUUAGUUUUUACUCCCAAAGGAAAUUUGGUUUUGAAACUGAAAGAUGAACCUCAAGGAGAUGGUGAUGAGCUGUCAGCCUUCAAAGAUUAUAUAGCUGAACAAGUUAAAGAAAAGGGUUUGUUAUCAGUUCAGUUGCAUUGCUUCUGAGUAUAUAGAAUAUUGAUAUAUGAUAACAGUGAUGAUUAAGAGAUUUGUUUAUAGCUGAGAGUUUGUUAUGUGUCUCUUCAUAUUGCAUGAAAAUGUAAAAUGAGGGUCAUGUUUAGUGUAUUGUAACUCGUGGCAUUGAUUAAGAAAACAUUAAUUAAAAAUUAACCUCUAUAACUGCUGUCAAAUGAAUUUAAGUAAAACAAUUUUUUCUUCUUGCAGGCUAUUUCCCUGCCAGGAUAUCAGGAGAGCAUCUGAGUUUGAUGGAUGAAGUACUAAAUUGUGAGAUUGACAGUGAUGAAGAACUUCAGCAGUCCUUGUACCGCAACUUUCCCUUGAACUGUUUCUUGACAAAGAACAUCAAGCUUCAGUCAGGGCCAGUGUUGCUUAUCGACAUUGCAGGAAAUAAGCUGAUGGAUUUGCUUGAUCAUCUUACAGAAACCAAAACAAAUGAACCCUUAGUUCUUGAGGUUGAACACAUUCCAGAUAGGCGUUAUACCAUUACAUUUUGUAAGGAAAAAUAUAAGGGAAAACCAAUCCAUCCAGCAAAUAUCCCACCAAAGUACAGAGAUGAUGAAGACUGCAAAAAUUUCAUUGACAGAAUAAACAAUGCCAUUAACAGUAUUAAUGGAUUGGAUGAAGACAAGUGGAGAGUAGUGGAACCAGGUGCCAAAGUUUACAUUAAGAUAGUCAUGGACAAAUAUGAUGGCGAAUUAUGCACAGAUGAGGAAGUGUAUUGGGUAGAGAUUGCUAUGGCUCAGUGAUUGACUGAACUGUUCUCUAUGUUGUACCUUAUACACACAUUUUACAUUUAUU